UGGGCUUGGCCGGGGAGGCUGGUACCUCCCCCAGAAAUGCAGCAAUUCUCUCCCCUCUCCUCUUCUCUCCGCGAGGUGGGCGCACUGCGAUGGAGACGCGGCGCGCUCUGCCAGGGGCUUGCUCUGCCCGUCUGGUGACAUCCGCCGGCUGCUGACAGCCCCCAUCCCGCCCGACUCGCCCCCCGAUCCCGCCGCGGGGCUCGGCGGAGCAGCGCGGAGCGGGCGGCGGGGCGUGCGGGCCCGCUCCUCCCGCAGCGGUGUCAUGCCCCUGGGCACCCCGGCCGGGAGCCGCCCGCACUGCGCCGGGACACGGAGGUAGCGGCUCGGAGCAGCUCCCCGCAGCCGCCCCUCGCCGGGCGACCAAGUCCCGUCCGCCGCCCCGCCGUCCGCCCGCCCCGUCGGGUCUCCGCAUCCCCGAGGGUCCGCGAGCAGCGGAGUCACCAGAGCCGCCGCCAUGGCCACCCUCCUCCGCAGCAAGCUCUCCAACGUGGCCACCUCGGUGUCGCACAAGUCCCAGGCGAAGAUGAGCGGCAUGUUCGCCAGGAUGGGCUUCCAGGCGGCCACCGACGAGGAGGCGGUGGGCUUCGCCCACUGCGACGACCUGGACAUGGAGCAUCGGCAAGGGCUGCAGAUGGACAUCCUCAAGUCCGAGGGCAGCGAGGAGGGCGGGGAGCCGCCCCUGGAGGGGGACAUCCACUACCAGCGGGACGGCACAGGGCCCCUGCCGCCCUCCGCCUCCAAGGAGGCCUGCUCCGAGCUCUCCGGGCAGGGCAAGCCCAAGAUCACGGCAUGGGAGGCGGGAUGGAACGUCACCAACGCCAUCCAGGGGAUGUUUGUUCUGGGCCUGCCCUAUGCCAUCCUUCACGGUGGAUACCUAGGACUCUUUUUAAUAAUUUUUGCUGCAGUGGUUUGCUGCUACACUGGGAAAAUCCUUAUUGCCUGUCUUUAUGAAGAGAAUGAGGAUGGGGAGAUAGUCAGGGUGAGAGACUCCUACGUGGACAUCGCGAACGCGUGCUGCGCGCCCCGCUUCCCCACCCUCGGGGGCAGAAUUGUGAACGUGGCUCAGAUCAUUGAACUGGUCAUGACCUGCAUCCUCUAUGUGGUUGUCAGUGGGAACCUGAUGUACAACAGCUUCCCCAACCUGCCUGUCUCCCAGAAGUCGUGGUCCAUCAUUGCCACGGCAGUGCUCCUGCCUUGUGCGUUCUUGAAGAACCUCAAGGCAGUCUCCAAGUUCAGCUUGCUCUGCACAUUAGCCCACUUUGUCAUCAACAUCCUGGUGAUCGCCUACUGCCUCUCCAGGGCACGCGACUGGGCCUGGGACAAAGUCAAGUUUUACAUUGAUGUCAAGAAGUUUCCCAUUUCCAUUGGCAUCAUUGUCUUCAGCUACACCUCCCAGAUCUUUCUGCCUUCCUUGGAGGGGAACAUGCAGAACCCCAAGGAGUUUCAUUGCAUGAUGAACUGGACUCACAUCGCAGCUUGCAUCCUUAAGGGACUCUUUGCCUUGGUCGCCUACCUGACCUGGGCUGAUGAGACCAAGGAGGUCAUUACAGACAACUUGCCAUCCACCAUUAGGGCAGUAGUCAACAUUUUCUUGGUGGCCAAAGCCUUGCUCUCGUACCCCUUGCCGUUCUUUGCAGCUGUAGAAGUCCUGGAGAGGUCCCUUUUCCAAGAUGGAAACAGGGCUUUCUUCCCCAACUGCUAUGGGGGUGACGGGCGGCUCAAAUCCUGGGGACUCACCCUCAGAUGCGCCCUGGUAGUUUUCACCCUGCUCAUGGCUAUUUAUGUCCCCCAUUUCGCCCUCUUGAUGGGUCUUACUGGGAGCCUCACAGGCGCAGGGCUCUGUUUCCUGCUCCCCAGUCUCUUCCACCUCAAACUCUUGUGGAGGAAGCUCUUGUGGCAUCAUGUCUUCUUCGAUGUUGCUAUUUUCGUUAUAGGUGGUAUCUGCAGCAUCUCUGGGUUCAUCCACUCUUUAGAAGGCCUCAUAGAGGCUUUCAGAACCAAUGCUGAAGACUAAGGAGGGGCCAGAGUCGGGUGCAGGAAGAGAAUCACAUCGAACAUCCGCAUAGCCAAAUAAUUCUGCAUCCCUUUAAUGGAAAGAGUCAUUAUUUUCGUUACGUGCAUCCAACAAAUUCUAUGUCAUAGAAUCUGCAAACUAAGAAAAAUAAGAAGAGAUGAAAGUGCUCGCCCUGAUGUCUUUUUAAAUAAGCUCAGAUUUAAAUAUAUUUUUUUGUUCUUUAGAUUUUUUGGAAGGAAAUUAUCUGGUGCCCCACCCCUAUCUCCUCACUCGUUGCCUGAAGCUUGGCCCCCCACAAACGGCCUGUUGGGAAACAGUGGCAGUUUUCAACACUCCUCACAGAUAUGCAAUUCAGUGUUUCAGGAGCUGAAACACAGGCGCCGAUCCCACGGGAUUGGGAAGCAAACCCGCCGCAGGGACCUUUGUUUGAACACUUUGAGAGAUGGAUGUAGACGAGACCCCGAUUGUACGACCAGCCCAACAAGCCCAAGCAGCGUCUGACGACCGGUGAUGCCGCUUACCUGCAAUGUUUACACCGUAGUCACAUAGAUGUCAGGACUGCUCGAUUCUUCCAUCCGAAUCCACACCGAGGAACGGCGCUUCCCAUCAAACACAAAUGUGUUGCCUCUGGUUGAAAUCGCAGCCCUGGAGUCCACUUCUCGGUGACUUAUGUUUUGUUUUGUUUUAACAAUUGUUAUUUUUAAAUUAUUAAAAGCUAAAAAUAAUAAUAAUAAUAAUAAUAAUAAUAUAUGGUUGGAUUUGAUGUCGUUCAGGAUUACAGGAACAAAACUACGACACAAUUCAUUCUGUGCAAUCUACCAGAUCCGUGGAGCUGUUUCCAAUGUACGUGUGGUGUCAUUGUGGUAAAUAAGAUGAAAAAUGUAUAUCAGAAAAAAAAAAAUCUAUCUUUAACAUAUAAUGUGGUACAUAAAUAUAUGGAACAAUAAAGAGAAAACAUAGAUGAU